UUCCAGGCAUGUGGUCCUAAGCGUUAAUGACUACAUCUUCUUCGUCGCCGGUCAUAAAUACGUUGUGUAUCUGUUGACGAGGGCAACGAACAAUCUCGAUACGUUACCGAUAUCAUGUUGCAUUUGCAUUUUAUCUCCCCGUUAUUUGUCUAGAAGUGAAAGUGAAUUACAUAGAUCCGUCUCGCAUUGCUCCUGCAUUACGACUGAAAAAUGAGUUCUCGGAGUCGGAGCCACAAGAAUCAUGUCGCGUGUUUGAAUUUAAUCUUUUCUUCUAAAUGUCGAGUUUCAUCGCAGCGGGAAGAUCUCCUCCUAAGGAGGACGUGGCGCAUGUUGAAAAGCCAUACCCGCAGGCCGCCUCGUCUCGUCCGCCACGGUCCCGGGAUUCAGAGCAGAAAGGCACAGAGCGGUUUUUUGCGCGGCCUAUCGUGAGCCCGGGCGCUGCCGGAGGAGCCUCGAGCAAAGUCGAUCAUGCCUUGACAGGUAAAAACGAACAACACCAACCUAGACGCCACUACUCCAGCGCCUCGUCUACUGCAAGCGCAGCGAGCAACCGCACGGCUCGCUCGGGUCCGCCGUCCACCUGGCAGGACGUAGAAGUGAUCACGCGGCCAUCCACCGUCCCGGCAGUGAGCUCGUCUGCUUCGUCUUCCAGCAGUAGAAGCUCUAUUUCGCCGUCAAAACAACAAGUUGUACAAGGGCUGGUAAACAAGCAAGCUGCAGCUCCAUCGAGACAAAAGCUGCAAACUAAUGCGAGUACUGUUGAUUCUGGGUCAGUGCUACACCAGAUUCAGCAGGGUGAUGAAACAAAGGCGAGGCCUGAUCUUGAUCUCGUAAAAAACAGACCUACGAGGACAACGGGUGGUCCCAAUAAUGAAGACGGAGAACAUGAUGAUGCGGCGGUCAACGUACGCGCCCUGAGGGCGUUUGGGUCCGGCCGGCAGAGUUCCGUGCUUUCCAACAAACUUCGAUCGUCCAUCAACACCUUGAACACUCUGCGAAAAAGCACGAUCCCGGAUGUGUCGAGUAGCAGCUCCUGCGAAAGCUACGACGGCACCAGCAGCUCCGCCAGCGGUUCCAAAGGAACCUCGGCGCCGGCCGUGGACCACUUUUUCUGCGACAAAGCGAAAUCAGAUGGGUUAUUCGGCGCUCGAGAUGAACGAAGGAGCGCGACAACAAAACCGUUUCUGCUAGGAGAGCCUGCGGCAAAAGCUCCUGCGUCGCUAGAUGGCAACAACACGAGGAACAGCGGUGCUGCUGACGCUCCUCAGGGUCAGGGGCAGGUGACAAAGGCAGAUGGUGGGAAGAAAAAUCGAGCGCAAGACGAUCGGGGUCGAAUCACGGUGCAGCUAAACGUAAAGCAGGCAGCAGCAGCAGCAGCAAACGAGGAGAAAAACGUGGAAAACAUUGCGGAGCCUUCAAAGCCAGCUCCGGUGGUUUUCGAAGCACUUGUACAAGAUGAGGAGGAGGACGGGCCGUUGCCAGUACUGCAGCAAGAGCAAAAAGUCAAGAUGGAGGCUCAUGCCAUUGUCACUGAAGCCAUGAGCAGAAGCACCGAGCGCACAGAGAAAGCACAGGAAGACGUGGCAAUGAUAAAUCGAUCUAGCUCUGAAGAAGCCGAGAAAAACAAAGAAGGAAGCGGAGCGGAAGCGACCGCGACGCCUGCAGAAGCCAAUGUCAGCGACGGUCCUCCCCGAGCACGGCCGAUCCGACUGCCCGAUCUUCUGCCAAAAUUGAACGUUUUGCGGUACUUCAAGAGCAUCAGCAAGCAAAGAGAAAGGGAUUUGUUUGUCGAGGAUCUGCAUGCAGCGGACGGGCGUGAAGGAGACACCAGUACCGAACCGGCUCUUGCUGCCGGAACAAUUACUGGAUCGGAGAACAAAGACAUAGCUUCAGGUGCUCUCGCCCCUGCUUCGAUUUCUUUGAACGAACACGUGGAAGCGAGACCUACACUGCAACUGGACGGGACUGCAGUUCUUGUAGAUAAACCACUACAAGUAGUAGCUGAUGAUGAUGCUCAGAUGCAAAAAGCGAUAAAACCGGCCGUCUUACUUGAAAACUUCCCUCGCCCCGCCUCUAAUAUUGCCGAAAUGAGAAAGACACGGCUCGCAGCCGCCGCGCACCAAAUUCGGUCGAGCGCAGCAGUGUUGAAGCGUAUGCGCAGCUCGUCGGGUACUGGGUCGAGCAGUGGCUCGUCGUUUUCUUCCACCACGGGUGGCGCAAAGGACACCAGGCAAAAAUUGCGAAUAUGGGUAAACACAACGGGUGCCAGCCGCGCGGCAAGGGUUCCAGAGGUAGCAACAGGGAAGGUUUUGGGGUCGGGAGUUGAAAGCGGUACUGUGCCCGUCGGACGUAGUUCUGGAGAUGAACCAGCAGGAGCAGCUACAGGAGCGACGGCCACGGCGCAGAUAACGAAGAUUGAGGCAACUGCUGUUGGUCACGAGGACAAUUCAGAAACUACCCGUACACAAAAUAAACGGCCCUCAGCUUCAGUCAUCUCGAUGUCCUCUUCCACAACACUAACGGAGCAGCUUUUGCAAGCUGCAGGCGCUCCGAUCGUUCCCAUCCGUCCAGCGCUACCGCAGGUAUUUCAGGCAGAAGCAAAACGUGCAGUGCUUCCACCAACCGCGACUCUUGUGGCCCCCGCGAUCGUGCCGAAGCGGCCCGUUGCCCCCAUGACGAUCCUCGGUCUUGGAACAGGUCUUGGAGCUGCAACUGGCGGCUCAACAAGUGCCUCCAGCGGUCGUGCAGCCAUAAACCCGUCGGCCGGCUGCACAACUGAUGUUGCUGACGACUUCCGGCGAACUCUAUUACAGUCUGCCAGCCGCGCGAAGAAGCCGAAGAUAAUCCCACCCAGGCCAGCGAAGGCGCCACAAAUCCUUGCGCCACCGCCGCUGCAAGAGGAAAGGGGUUACGUCGCUGCAAAACUUUUGCAAACGAAGACGCUCCCAGUUGUCUGGACCGCGCCCACCACGCCGGUGGCGGCCGCUGGGGGGACGCGAGUUGCUGCUGCUCUGCCGAAGUCCGCAAUGCUUAUGUCGUCGUCUGUCGGAGGACCUGCAGCGACAAGUACGGGAAACCGCAGCGCUUCUCCGGUCUCGAAGAUAAUGUUCUCGCCAGCGAAGAUGAGAGCUGCUCCUGCUCCGUCGUGCUCAGCUGCAUCUGGUGCGCAAAGCGGUGCUGCAGGAGCUACUACUAGCUUUGUGCCUCCUACUGCACCUAAGCUUUUCGCGCCGGCUUCUUCGCCUCUGCAGGCAGGCUUGUUUUUACCGGCACGAGGUGCGACAGUGGCUCGUGCGACCGGUACAGCCGCUCCUAUGCGGGUGUUUGAUCCUGGAACAUCAAGCGCGUUCCUGUCAUCAGCUUCCAGCACGAGCACUGGCACAAGUUUCUUGCGUCCCUUCGAUGCGCGGCAAGAACAACAACCGCCUCAGAAGUCCCAAACACCGCCGCACCUAGAUACUGAGCUAGCGCGCCAAUUCCGCCUCAGUCUAGUCCCAGUGCACCUUCCGCCCCCGGAGAAGUUGCCGUCGAAACUUUCUCACAAGCAAGUUGUGACUGAAAGCGUGCAGAAGCACCUGCAGGUAGAGUUAGAAAGGAUGAAGAGCAGGAAGAAAAGAAUCGCCACGGAAAAAUCCUUCUUCGACUUGCUUUACCUGGGAAAGCUGAGAGAGAUGCAAGAAGGCGCGGAAGUGAAGAACGCGGCUUUGCGUAGGAAAAUCCAGCGGGCCAAGCAGGACUUCGCAGAUGAGGUGACGGAACAGAUUGACCGGUUGCGGAAGUUUUUGUUGUACUCCAAAGACAGCUGGCGCAGCCACGACGCGCUGGUGGUGAAGCGAAACAAGAAGGGACCUCCUGGCGACGAUGAAGAAACGGUCUUGUUGCAAGAACACGAGCGAUACCGUCUCGAAGAAGAUGAAACUUCUUCAGAGGAACAAGAAGCCGAAGAAUCACAAUCCUCGUCGUUAAUAUCGGCCACCGAAUCAAAAGCAACAAGGAAAAGCCAGCUGGGGAAAUCUUCCAAGAUGUCGUGUUUGACGUCGUCCUCCAGUGAACAGGAAAAGCCAGUCGCUGUUCCCGAUGCGGCGGAGAACGACCUUGACUCGCCUGAUGCUCCUGCCGGCGCUGAAGGAGAAGAGGCUGGGGGCGAAGAUGAAGAAGUAGAAGGACAGCACGAGUCAGGAGCCCCUGGCGCUCCAAAACGACCAAGCAAAGACUCAUCCGGCCCUCCCGUCUCUUCUGCGGUCCACUCCCCAAGCGAAAUGGCGCCCUCAUCUCCUCGUGAUCAUGCAGAGCAAGAAACUCCUCUUCCCGAAGACGGUGGCGAAGCGAACGCCGCCCAAUUAGAACCUGGAUCAGCGUUAUCGCAAGUCGAAGGAACUGAAGCAGGUUCAGCACAAAGCGUCUCGGAAGCAGCAGUGGGUGGGCAGGCCUUGUUAUCCGAGACAGCAGCUGUUUCGAAUGGGACGCGCUCGUCCACUUCUGCGCAACAUCACAGCGCGGUGUUGAAAGCCGCUGUGAAGACCUCCAGGCUGGAGCGCGUGAAAGGAAGAGAGAACAACAAGCCGAAGGGAGGCCGCUUGGGGAGAGUUGGGCAGGAGCAGCAAGAUGGAAGCCUUGAGGCAGAGCAGCAACCAGCACAGCCGCGGCAACAGAUGCUGUUUUACCCGGAGCCAGAAGAUGGUGUUGACGACAAAGCUGGUUCUGCAUCAUCUGCUGAUCGGACGACAAAACCGAUGAAAUCGCCGUCGGGACGAGAUGGAAGAAAACUACCGAAACGCAAACCGGUGAAGCCGAAGCGAAAUUCAGACCUGCAAGAGGCUGCAAAAGGAAUUCGUCAAGUCGAUCCUUCCCUCGACAAUUCCAAAAUGAUUCACCUGCCUAUUCUCGAGAAGAAAACCGACCUGAAGCUUGCCGUCGAGCAGUCACCGGGGCAUCAAACGAAAAUCACCGCGGGUAAGUCAGAUCAAGUGCGGCACGCGGCGGAGCAGGCACUUGCUGAAGCGGAGGAGCGAUUUGGGAAGAUUUUUUACAAAGCGAAGUUUGUUGUCGAGGAAGUGGAUUAUGCGCAGGAAAAAGAAGAAGAAGAACGCCAUCGGGAACAUCAAGGGAUGAAGACUGCCUCGUCUGCAAAUCGCGAUCCACGCCAGUACUACCUCGCCCGCCGUUGGCAGCAGUUCGAGGAAGAGGUUUUCAAGCCGUGUCGAGAAGAACGGCUUAAAAUCCAUCGAGAAACAAAGCACGCUGCCGCUGUCGUGAAGCUCGCACGCGUGUUGCACUUCGUUACGCGCGACCAACUCCAGCACAGCUUUUUCCAAGUAGCGGGCAUGCCUCAGGCAGCGGCACUUUUCACGGAAGUGGAGAAGGACUGGUUGUCGCAGAAAAAAGCCAAAUUGCGUUCUGAAGUGCAACAGGAGGAGCUGACGCUUUUGAAGAGAAACAAGGUUCGGGCUUUGACAACGACUCUGCACAACUGUCUCGUGCGGAAGAUUUUGGCAGCCGCGUUUUUCCGGCUGAGGUAUCACACAGCAUGCCGCGUGACGACGGCGAGUACUGGUGCGAGAACGUCUGCUGUUGCGAGCACUUCUCAGAAACAGGACGAGGCUCUUGCCGCAGAAGGCGGCCCUACCGGCGCUCCUUUAGCCGUUCCCGGCAGUUCCUCGGAACUAGACCUUUUGGUCGAUUCAGACUUCGAUGUGAAGGUCUCGUCUGGCGCGGCUGGGAAGCUGCUUCUUGCAGCGGGGAAGCGGACAACAGCUGAAAGCGGAGAUGCCCCGCUUGAUGUUCUCGACACCGCCGACUCAAAUUCCACCAAACAGGCUGUCGUCCUGGCCCCGGCUGCGAAACCUUUGCGCCAAAGUCGCUCUUCGGACGUGAUUGUGUUUUCGGAUGAUUCCCCACGCGGUGCUGGAGUACUUCCAAUGGCAGAACUACUAGAAGAACCACCAGCAUUUCGAGCGAACGAAGCUGCAACUACUACAGAGCCCCGAGUUUUAGUUUUUGAUGCAGCAACCGCAGCGGACGAGCAGCUUGGUAACGACCUCGCAGGGAAUCUAGGCGAAAGUGCUUCCGCACCACAACGAUGGAGCGAUAGGGUGUUGGACUUUUUCGGUGUGAGUACUGCGCUGAAGGACGAAAAUACACGGGCACAUGCUCCGAGCCGCGAAGACCAAAUCGCGCUUCCUACAGUUGCUGUACCAAGCGAGGCUGUACCGGCUGCGACGCAUCACCAGUCGCAGCUCCAACUGCACAACAGGCUGCACGUCCACGAAAGCCAGAGAGAAACCGUAGGAGGCCAGGAAACAAAGUUUGAAAAUAGCGCCGCAGAGGCAGUAGAAGAACAAGCAGAGCCGAGCAUUCUGUUCUAUCCGGAGGCCUUGCCAUUGACCUCGCAGCCGGAAGAAGACGCGGUAGAGGACCUUACCAGCUUUUCUCUACCAGGAACGAAAGUAACUACACUGGCAGGAAUGGAAAAUAGAGAAAAACACUACAAGCAGAACUCGUUUCCGAAUGGCUUGAAGCUACCACCAAAGCCCAGAAUAUUGACCGUUUCCAAGAAAAUGUAA